AUGGCCGCAGCUGUAUCCAACGCCCACCAUUCCGUGCCUCAAGCAAGACCCUCCUCUGCAGGCCAAAGCCACUCUGAUCUUCUCAAGGUUGUCCGGUCUGACCAGCCCUUCAAAUCAGCGGCCAUAUCCCUCGUUUCUCUCCCACCCGGAGCCCUGUUUGCCAGAAUCACGGAGGCAACUUGUGCUCCGCGCGCUACCUGGACUUCGUUUCAGGUUGGCCGCGAUAAGCACAUGGAGUUCAACUCUGAUAUUGUCUUUAUCAACCACUCCUGCGACCCAAACCUUGUGGUUGACACUGCACGCAUGGAAGUUCGCGUAGCGGAUGAUCGUCAUAUCGCAAAGGGUGAGGAGCUGACUUGGUUUUAUCCAAGUGCGGAAUGGGAAAUGGCUCAGUCGUUCCCUUGCGAGUGCGGAACAGAGAGGUGCUUGGUUGCCAUUCGUGGCUCGCAGUACAUUGAUCCUCAGAAGCUGAAGGGGUACUUCUUGAAUCAGCAUAUUAAGGAGCUCAUGGAGGAGAAGGAGCCCAAACAGUGA